GUCAGGGUCCCCCGUGAGCCGGUUUUCCAACUCAGUGAAACGAACCUUCCUGCCGUCUACUGUGUAGCGCCGUCGCGCCGUCACAGACUCGCCGCGCCACGCCACGCCACGCCACGCCUCUCUUUGUUCGGAAUCGCAGACGCAACCUCCAUCUUCGUCAAGAUUGCUCACCUAAUUGCCACAAUGCAAUAAAUUAAUAGAAAUAGGGAAAAACUGUGUGAGAGACUGCAUGUUUGGAGCAAGUGUUGAAUGGAAGCAUUGAAUAAAGACAAACUCCUUCAGCUUUGGAGAGAAGGUUGUGAUGUUGUGCACUGCUACAACAAUAAGAUUAAGGUAUGCCAUCCCAAAAAUUUGUGUCUUUCUUACUCCAUCAAUUCAGAAGCUCUUUUCUCAUUCCUCACCACAGAAAGCAAAAAUAAUAUCUGGAAUUGAUGAUGCUGUCACCUUAUUCACUCGCUUGAUUACUAUGCAUCCACUUCCAUGUGUUGUAGAAUUUAACAUGAUUUUAGGGUCAAUAGCGAAGAUGAAGCAUUAUUCAACUGCUAUUUCACUUUUGAAGCAAAUGGGGUUGAGAGGAAUCACCCCUUCUAUAGUCACUUUGGGUAUCUUGAUAAACUGUUACUGCCACUUGGGUGAGAUGGGUUUUGCUUUUUCUGUACUGGGCAUGGUUCUCAAGAGGGGUUAUCAACUCAAUACCAUAACACUGACAACACUCAUGAAAGGGCUUUGUAUCAAUGGUGAGGUUAGGAAAGCGAUGGACUUCCAUGACAGUGUGGUAGCCCAAGGAUUUCUGUUGGAUGAAGUUAGUUAUGGGACCUUGAUCAAUGGCUUGUGUAAAAUAGGACAAACAAAUGAUGCGUUUCAAUUGCUGCAAAAGAUGGAAGGACAAGUGGUUAAGCCUAACAUAGUAAUCUAUAACAUGAUUAUUGACAGUUUAUGCAAAGAUGGUCGUGUAAUGAAGGCACGAGAUUUAUGUUCUGAAAUUGUUGUACAGGGAAUAGAUCCUGAUGUUUUUACUUACGCGUCUCUAAUUCAUGGAUUUUGCAGCAUGGGUCAAUGUGAAGAAGUUACUAAAUUGCACUGUGAAAUGGCUGAUAAAAACAUCGAGCCAAAUGUUUAUACCUUCAAUAUAUGGAUUGAUGCGUUAUGUAAAAAAGGAAUGCUCAUAGAAGCCCAGGGUAUUUGUAAUUUGAUGAUUGAAAAAGGCCAGCAACCUGAUAUUGUUACUUUCAACACUUUAAUGAGCGGAUAUUGCUUACACAAUAAUGUGGGUGAGGCCAGAAAAUUAUUUGAUACAGUUGAUGAAUGGGGUAUUGAGCUGGAUGUUUGGAGUUAUAAUGUCUUGAUUAUUGGGUAUUGCAAGAGUAGGAGGAUUGACGAAGCUCUGAGCCUCUUCAAUGAAAUGCGUUGUACAAAUUUGGUUCCUAAUGUUGUAACUUACAGUUCUCUAAUUGAUGGUCUGUGCAAAUCUGGGAGAAUCUCUUAUGCGUGUGAACUCUUCAAUGCAAUUUGUGAUAGUGGUCCACCCCCUAAUGUUAUCACUUACAAUAUCUUGAUAGAUGCUUUUUGCAAGAUCCAACAAACUGACAAGGCAUUCACCUUAUUUGACCAAAUGCUUGAAAGGGGAUUGACUCCUAAUGUUUCAAGUUAUAACAUCUUAAUUAAUGGGUUUUGCAAGUGUAAGAAGAUUGAUGAAGCCGUGAACCUCUUCAGAGAAAUGAAUUGCAAAAAUUUGGUCCCUGAUUCUAUAACUUAUAACUCUCUUAUUGAAGGGUUUUGUAAAUCUGGGAGAAUCUCUCAGUCAUUGGAGCUUUUCAGUGGGAUGCAUAUUGGCGGUCAACCAGUUAAUGUUGUUACGUACAAUGUCUUGUUAGAUGCUUUGUGCAAGAUACAACUUGUUGGCUAGGCAUUAUUUAAUCUAAUGUUCGAAAGGGGAUUGGCUUCUGAUGUUUUUGGUCAUAGCGUCUUGAUUCAUGAAUUUUGCAAAGGCUUAUGCAAAUCUCGGAGAAUUUCAUAUUGCAUGAGAGCUAACUAAUGUGAUAAUAUAAAUGAUAAUGCACAAAACCACCCGUGACUUACAAUAUAUUGUUAGAUGAUUUUUGCCAAGGCCAGCAUCUUGAUAAGAGGUCAAAGAUCAAAUUACAACAGAAUUUUCACCAUCUUUUGAUUGAAGUUUCUCUCUGAAUGUUGUCGCAUACAGCACCAUUACCAAUGGAGACCCCAAGAAGGCUUAUUCCGGAAAUAAAAAAAAUAAUGUGGUAAUGCAGAGGAACUGCUUCAAGGAAUGACUGCUAAUUUGCUGGAGGUUUGAACAUAUAGUAAAACCUGGUCAGAUACCUUGAUUACACUCGUAUAUAUACUUAUUAUACUAAUGUUGUGUAUGUCCUAAUAUUUGGCUCAAAAAAGUUGCAAAACACAAGGGGAUACUUGGACAAGUUGUGAUAAAAGGUUCAUAUAUUUACUAAACUUAUUUUAACAUUAUGCCUUGCCAUGGAUUCA